AUGCCGAUGAUCUUACAUCACUACAAUAACGUCAUGAAAAAGCUCACCGGUCUCACUGAGGCGGGACAUACCACGAUCAAUGUCUUCAAUCUGAGCCGCUCGUUCUCUGCAGAUGUGCUGUCAAAUUUUGUCUCAGGUUCCGCCUUCGGGUGCAUCAAUGAGGAUGAGAAGGGAUUUGACAGUGGCUUUGUUCGUGCAAUCCAAUAUAGCAGUGACACCUACUUUGAAAACCGUAACCCGUUCUUGCUAUGGUGGAGGCAGCUAGCCAAACUGUUGGGCAAGAGUAUACCAUCUGCGGGUGGGAAUGAGAAAUUGGACGAAUUAUCUUUUUCAGAUGAUUUAGUGGAGAACUAUCUCUCAAGAAGAGACGGAUUGAAACAGGGCGAAGACAAUUCAGUGCUUUCUACCCUCCUGAGCUGCAACGCUGGAAAUAAAACCCAACCCCUUUCAAAACGCGAGCUUAUGGCGGAAGGGAGAAGUCUUCUUGCUGCAGGUGUGAACACUAUUGGAUUUGCUCUAUCAAGCACACUGUUCUAUAUUGCGCGGGAUGAGGAAGUUCAGCUUUUUCUGCAAGCGGAGCUUGAUGUUUACGAGUCUCAUUUCAGGCAAAAUGCGUCUCAGCAGAAAAUUGCAGAGCUGCCUUACUUGUACUUUGCACCGAAGACCAGCUGUAUUAAGGAAGGGCAUCGGCUUUCAGGAACUGUGAAUGGUCGCCUACCAAGAGUUGCUGGGCCGCAAGGAGUAAAUAUUGGAGAACAUUUUCUUCCAGAAGGAACGGUAUUUGGAAUGAGUAAUAAGGCAUGCCAUAUGUUGCCAGAGGUGUUUGAAAAUCCCGAGAAGUUUAUGCCCAUGCGAUGGAUUAACAAUGAUGAGUCCAAGAUCCAACUGAUGACUGCCAACCUUCACCCAUACGGUCGGGGACAGAGACAAUGCUUAGGGGAAAGUGUCGCACACAACAUCAUACUUCUUUUGAUUGCCGGAAUACUGAAGAAGAACACCCUGACGAUUGUUGAACCAGAGGCAUUUGUUCGGAUCUCUACUUUCGAAUCAUUGCCACAAGGAGGCCGUAUCAACAUUCAUAUGCGACCUCGGCGAACUGUUGCCCUGGAUUCCUCAAAUUUAAACUAG